GAGAAUUUAAAAAUCAUUAUCUUUAUACAAGUCAUAGUCUUCGUUUGCCUCUGGCUCCGGGAUACCCAUAAACAGAUCCGUUUGCUUGGGCGUUUAAGUAUAUCGUGUUUAGUUAACGUUUAGCGAUUCGUUUGCCAAAAUUCAAGUCAUAUUGUGUAUUAUGAAUGCCUCCGUUUGCGUCAUGGUGACGGUGCUCACCGAGCAGGAGGAGAGACGCCAGCUGAAUCUGCACAGCAAACACUUUUCCGGCAACUACUCGAGCGGAUGUGGCAGCAGCUGUAACUGCAAUUGUAAUUGUAACUGUAACUGUAACUGUGACUGUAACUGUGAUUAUGCCUAUAACUGUGUCUGUCCCAACUGGGACAUGAGCAGCCAUAUUCAGGGUAUCGAGCCAAAUAUGCGGUCACACAACAGCCGAGCUCUGCACCUGCGGGAGCUGUCAAGAAAUGCACCACUGGAGCAGGUGGUACGCCAGAUUGCCCUACAAUUGCGGUUGGAGCACGUGUUCUGGUCACACGACGUGGCUGGUGGACAGUUGCAGGCGCGCUUCGAUCUUGUGCAGGAUGAGCGCUACGAGUGUCUACUCUGCACGCUGCAGGAUUGGGGCAUUGGCGAGCGGCCGGGCACACAUGUGACUGCCAUCAAUUGCCUGGAGACGCGUGUCAAGCUCAGCCCGACACCAGGCACCUAUGGAGGAGCAGGAAGCGGAUCAGGAGCAGUAGGAGUAGGAGUAGCAGCUGCCGCAGCUGGAGCGGCAGCUGGUACGCCAGGCACAGAUACUGGCGCUGUACCCGGCGCUGGCGCCAAGGAACAGAGCGAGGGACAGCGUCUGGGCUGGCAGAAUUUUAUGGAUUCGGUGCGAUGCCGCCUGAAUGUGAAUCAGGUGGUGCGCGUGGUGCGGCGCGAUGCCACCAUCAAUUUUGACUUCGUGGUACUGCUCAUUACCGCCGCCCUGCUCUCCUGCGUCGGCCUGGUGGAGAACAGCUUCCUAUUCCUGUCGAGCAGCAUGCUCAUCUCGCCCCUAAUGGGCCCCAUCAUAGCGGCCAUUUUCGGCUCGGUGAUUGGCGAUCGCGGCCUGCGUUGGCUGGGUAUUAAGAACGAGCUAAUUGGCAUUGCCAUUUCGGUGGUGACGGGCUUCAUUUUCGGCGGCGCCAUCUGCCUGUGCGGGCUUGGGCGUUUCUUUAUGCUAUCCACCGGCUUUACCGAGGAGAUCAUUUCACGCUGCGACACCCAUUCGCUGGCCAUUGGGCUAUGUACAGCGCUUGCCUCUGGGGCCGCGGCGGCCAUUGGCGUGUUGGGCGGUAAUACUGGUUCGCUGGUGGGCGUGGCGAUAUCUGCAUCCCUGCUGCCACCAGCGGUAAAUGCCGGCCUGCUGUGGGCUAUCGCGCUGUGCACUCGCGUGCUGCACAUUGACCAAGAGCUGCUGAAGGGCCUGUCCAAGCAUCGGGAGUACUCGCCGCAUCUGCACAUCGAGCUCUUCGUAUGCGCCACGGUCAGCAUGGCGCUCACGCUCCUCAAUGUAGUCUGUGUUUGGCUAAUGGGCGUGGUGGUGCUGCGCAUCAAGGAGGUGGCGCCGGCGGUGCAGCGGGAUCAGCAGUUUUGGCGGCACGAUGUGCGGUUGGCGCGCGAGGUGGCAUUGCGCGAUCCGGAGCUGCACAGCGCUAUUGAUCGACUCGAUCUGGAUGAGCGCCGGCAGGUGGAUCUGGAUGCACCACAAUAUCAACACACCUGGUCACCAGGCACCGUACGGCCGAGCCUACGGCCGGAGGCGCGUGCCUGCCAGGGCAAGGAUAACAGCAGCAACUAUCACACAGUGCAUGGUUUUCAGGACUUUUGCAUUACGCUGCACAAGCUCAACUCGGAACUGCCGCGGCGUCCCUCGCAAGCGCUGCCCAGCUUCCUGGAUGUGUUCACGCCCUUGGAGCAGGCGGAACACAGCCCAACUGCAGUUGCAAUUGGCACACAGCUGCCGCAGUCACCGGCGCUGGCCCAACCGGAGCCACAAAUGCUGCCCAGUGGCAGCGGCAUCAAUAACUAUCGCAGCCUGCCUGAUCUGCGGCAGGCCAGCUUUCUGCCACAGGAUGCGCAGCGGCCACUGGAGCUAUCCGAUCCGGAGCCGCACACCAAGUCGAAGAUCUCGCGGUGUGUACACUGGAGCGUGGAACGCAGACAGCCGCUCUACGAGAGCCCGGAGCUCAGCCCGCUGCCCAGCAGCAGCAUGGACGCGCUGCAGCGGGCAGGUCUUGGUCAGGUGCUGGUGCCACUACCGCUAGAUCGACGUCUGCGCCUGAUGAGCAGUCGCCAGAGUGAGGAGAGCGACGAGUGCGACUACCAGCACGAGUUCAAUGUCUAGCACCAGGGAGUCGCAACUCCUGCGCUGCUCUGCGCCAGAUCUCUCACUUUAACUGCAACUGCAACUGAAGCUGUAAUUGUAACUGUAACUUUAACUGUGUGCUGUAUCCAGUGGGUCGACUUGCACUCUACUUUACUUAGCCAAUAGAAAACUCGU